AUGGGUAACUACUUUAAUCAACCAGCCAGUCCAAAUUAAGCAUUAUUACAAUUUUUAAGAUAACUUCCUUUGUCUGAAAUACAGAAGGUUUCCAAAUAUGUGUAAUAAAAUUACCCAGCAACAAAUGUUUUGUCUUUAGGGGAAUUUUUUGAUGUUUAUCAUGACAUCCUUAAAUAACAUUGUGGUGAAAUGUUCGAGACUCUAGAGAAUAAUCAUAGUACAGAUGGUUUAACUGAUAUAUAUGAGAGUCAAGCAGUUUUAAUUAUAUUUUCUGACACUGAUUUUGCUACCAAGGUCAAGUAUAUAAGCCAAGUAUUCGAUUUGGACAAGUCUUAAAAGCUUGAAAAGAUUGAACUUAUUAUGAUUUUCUAAACUGCAAUCAGAGCAUUAUGUAAAAUUGUCAACAUGAAACCACCUGGAUUUACUGAUAUCGAAUAUUAUGUUGAAGCCAUUUUCACAGAAAUGGACAAAAAUCUAGAUCGUACUAUCUCUUAUGAAGAAUUAUAUUCAUGGUUGGAUAACAAUUAUCAACUUUAGGAUUUUUUAUUAAAAUACGCCUUGACUUAGACUAAUCAAAAUGCUAAAAGAAGAACUCAAGAGAUUUUCAAUUCUAAAGCCUUAUUCAAUCCAGAUCAAGAUCAAUGGAUUUAAGACUACAUUCAUUAAGCUGAAGAAAGCUAUUGCUAACUUAUCCAAAGAAAAAAACUAGUAUCCGAUAGGGUCAAGGAUGAGAUCAAUUACGCCUGGUCAGCAUUCAAGGCCACUGAUAUCAAUAAUGAUGGUUCAAUCUCUGUGAGAGAAUUAUCUUACUUAAUUUAUGGAUUUGAUGGAACCGUAGUUAAAGAAACCAAAAAGAGAUUUGGAUAAUUGGAUAUAGAUAAAAGUGGAAGCAUUUCUUUAAAAGAAUGGUUUAAUUACUUAUAAUUAGAUUAAGGAGUAGAAAUAUGUAAAUCUAUUGUAAAAAGAUAUUUUCUUAAAAGGGAUACUAACAAUCUAAGUAGUCUUAAUAAUCAGUAAUCCUGUUAAGUAUUAAGAGACACUCUCUCAAAUGAUGGGUUUGAAUUAUACUUUAAAGGUUUUGAAAGUUAUAUUAAUGAACAUUCGACCUUGGAUAAAAUGUCAAUUUAAUAAUUAUAAGAUUUUGUAGAAGGUCCCAUGAAGAGAAUUAUUUAAGAUAAGCAAGAACUUAUGGAAAAAGAAAAGGAAAGAAAAUAAGCAUAAAAUGAAAAAAUAAUAUGA